UCCAGAUUGAAAGCCAUACAUCAUGACCACCACAGCUCAUUCAGGACAUGAGCAUGGGUCAAAUGCUCUGCCAAGCUGCACCAUGGAGAAGGCGAUGGACAUUGUUAUCAAGACCUACCACUUUUAUUCUCCCCGCGAAAAGAAGGAUGACUGCUUGAGCCUCAAGGAUUUGACUGAGCUCCUGAAAGACCAGGCUCCCACCUUCCUUGCUGCUUGUAACCGGAGCCGCCCAGGCUAUAUCCAGGAGCUCUUCAAACAAGCAGACGUUGACAAGAACAAGCAGCUGACUUUCGAGGAGACGGUGCGCGUGAUCGCUAUCCUGGCCGAUGAUGCUCAUCGCAUCAGUCACAACGAGGACCGGUGCGGGCCAGACAAGGACUGAUCUCCAUCUCCUCUCAGAAGAUUGCAUUGCAACAUAUAUAUUAGAGCCCCUUUGUCUUAUUAUUCCCUGGUUAUAAGAGCCUUCUGGAAAGUGGUGGAGGGAAGCUAUGGGUCUCCAGAUCUUCUGGCCUACACCUCCCAUUAUUUCUUCCCAUUGGGGUUAAGUCGAGUUCUGGGAGAUGAAGGCCGACAACAUCUGGAAGCCCCAGCAUUCCCUAAUUCUUCCUUAGGUGAUCAAAACCUCUUAGGUGACUAAAGUCUCAAACAUCUGGAUGACAAGCGUCUGAGAGCCACAGGCUUAGACCACAUGGAAAGUUGCUUUUCAGUCCUUUCUAUAAAGGCAAUGUUUGCUUUCUCUGGGUAGCAUCCACUUUGAUACUUGUUCUGUUCACUCAAUAGAAGGUCCAAUUCCAGUAGCAAUUCACCCCAUGUUUCAUUAGCCCCUUAUGAAGCAUUUGCCUCAAUGUUAGGUCAACACAUCCUUACUGUUGCAGCUUUGGAUAAAGAUGGGCUGAACAAUGUAUAUGCUUUGCAAUGAUAUCCUUAAAAUGAUGAAUAAAGACACCAUAUAACAUUC